AUGUCCUGCAAGUACACAUGCGCCGAUUCAUAUACCCCUCAUCCUUCUAUGAUUUUCCAAGCACCUCCUGAGAUUGUUGAUCCAACUCCAGCUUCCUCUGUUCCUCUAUAUCCUCAAUGUAUUCCUACUAAUAGCUAUCAAUGGCCGAGUGAGCGUUCAAGUGUAAAGAAAGUUGCUGGCCUUUAUGAAGUAGAUCCUAUUACCACCCUUGCACCUGAAAUGUCAUCUCUCACUAAUCAAAUAGCUGCGUUGACUUCACAUGGAUCACAAAAGAAAUCAGAAUCUAUUAUGGCUACAUCCACUACAUACCAGAAAGUUGAAAUGGAGAAUGAACAACUCCAGUAUGUGAACGAUCAAAAUUUCAAUCAGAGAGGAAACUACUCAGGAAACAACUACUAUCAGGGGUUCAAUAAUCAAGAGUUUGGAAGAAAGCCAUCACUGGACGAUAUUUUAGGAACCUUCAUUUCGAAGACUAGAUCGAGUUUCAACAAAGAUGAGGUAAGACUUGACAACAUUGAGACACAUAUGACCAACUUGGGGGCUACAGUUAAGAAUUUGGAGGUACAGAUUGGUCAGAUGGCAGCUGCAAUACAGUCUCAACAAAAAGGACAAUUUCCCAGUGACACAGAGGUUAACCCACGGGAACAUUGCAAUAUUGUCACCCUAAGGAGUGGUAAAGCAGUUGAGGAACGCAAGCUUAGAGAGGUUGGGGUACCUACAUCGGAUCCCAUUCUUGCAAGGGAAAAGCAGACUGAAGAGCAGAAAACUGAGGCAGAGGCAACAAAGAAGAUUUAUAAGCCUUACUCAAUUUCAUUUCCGGACAACCCACAUAUCUUGAAGCCCCCACUACCAUUCUCGCAGAGGUAUUUAAAGAAGGAGUUUGAUGAAAAAUUCGCAAAGUUUUUGGAGGUCUUCAAGAAAAUCCACAUCAACAUUCCCUUUGCAGAAGCCUUAGCCCAAAUGCCUAACUAUGUCAAGUGA